AAGAAAUGGCGGGAAGGAUCGAAGUUUUGGCGGGAAAAAGAAAACCUACAAAGCUGCAACAACAGCAUAGGUCGAGAAAGAUAACCGUUGCGAACUCCGAUUCCCAUUUUCCACACACUCUCAACUCACGAAUCACCGAGUCAGCGAGUCACGAUGGUGGGCCCACAGUACGAUCUUCUCGCUAAUCCACUUGGUGCAGUCAGAUCCACCUUCGACACCGCCAUAGUGUCCGGUUCAGAUCCCACCUCCUUAAACGGCCGUGACUGGGGCGCCGUCGAUCUCUUCCGCCACUUUCUUUCUGACCAAUCUCAACUCUCUCAGGUUCCGCUUCUGACUCCAUCCACCAUAAGAUUCGUGAAACCCAAUACUCUUGUUCGGUAUCGUGGAAUGAUUCAGGAUAUGCUUGGAAAUGAAUUUUAUGUUGGCGUUUACAAGGAUGGUUCGGUGUGGAGGACAAAUAAAUUUACGGAUAUUUCUCAAUAUCCUAUUCCCAUGGAUUCCUCUGCUGAGACGCGGAUCUGGGAACGCCGAUUGCUUUACUGUGUUCCGGUUCCGGGACUGAAUCCGUGGGCAGAACCUUCACCAGAAGCAGUUGGCAAUCUAUCUAUGGAUUGGGCAUCUGAACAAAGAGAAAAGCGAAGGAGAGGAGACGAUGAGUCUUCUGACAUGACUGUUGAUGGUGACGAAGUGGAGGGCUCUCCUAAUACUAAAAGAAUGAGAGAAGGUGAAUGCCCUUCCCUUGCCUCCCAGCCUCAGGGAGCUGUACCUGAAAUUGCUGGCUCUAGUACGAGUUUAAUGCAUGGUCUCAGUGGUAACUCAGCUAGUUGUAUUGUAAAGAUAUAUGAUGCGCCAGAGUCUGAACUGAAGCUGAAUGACAUUUUUGAGUUUGUGGGUAUCCUUACAUCUGAUCCAGAGCUUCAGGAGGACAACACAGAUACUGAUUUAUCAAAUGGAUUUGGUGAAGACCCCUUGCAUCAUUUCCCACCUAACAAGGUGCCACGUCUUCAUUGUUUGAUUCACAGGAAACUUUCGGUUCUGGACUUCCUUCAGAAUAAGCCUGUUAUCGAGCCAAAACCCGACUUGGUCAAAGGCAUCAGAGAGGCUCUUUUACGACAUCUCUCAGCUGUUCUAGGCAAUGAUGAUAUAGCUGCUCAUUUCAUGUUGCUGCAUCUCCUAUCCAAGGUGCAAGCUAGGGUAGAUGCUCUUGCUGUGGGAAAGUUCUCAGUAAAUUUUACUUGUUUUAGCAAAGAAACUGCGUCUAUAUUCGGAAAGCAACUAAACCUUGCUGUCAAGAACCUCGUACCUUUCACACAUUGCAUACCCCUUACAGUGGAAUACUUGAACACCGCUUCUCUUGCACCAAAAAAGAAUUAUGAUACAAAUAGAUUAGAAACCGGAGUCUUGCAACUAGCGGAAGAUUCACAUUUAAUUGUUGAUGAGACACAAUUAGACGUUGGAACUCUCAAUUCUGUAGGUGUAGAGAAUGCAAGGUUGCUGAAAAAUUUAAUGGAGUUGCAAAAGGUGGAAUAUGAUUUCAAGUACUAUAAAAUGGAAAUGGCAACUGAUGUCCAGCUGCUAGUCUUGUCUGAGGGGAAAUCAAAUAUCUUGCCAGCUGAUGUAAUUGUACCUAUCCGGCCUUCUGCAAUCAAUUCCUCGGAAGAUGUGGCAGCAGAAAAUUUGGAAGCUUGGAGGUGGUAUUUAGCCAGUGUUAGACAACUUCCACACUGUUUUGAAUCAGAAACGCAGAAGAUGGUAGAAAGUGAUUUAGUUGCCGCAAUACAAGCAGACAGGAGCUUGAAUACCCAAGAUUUAAGCAGAUUGGUAACAAUGGGCCGCCUCAUGUGCUUAAGCUUUGGUGAGACCACCAUGUCACUAGAACAUUGGCAAAUGGCCAAGGAAUUGGAGAGACUCCGCAGAGAGAGGUUAAAGUGAAAUACGGAUUGAAAGCACACAAAGUUCUCAACACAAGGUUACUGUUAACGCCUUAUCAACACAAGGUUACUGCCUUAAUUUCUGUUGUAAAUUCAGGGAAAUGAAUGUCAGUCCUAUUACGAAGCAUAUUGAAGUUAUGAGAAUUAGAAAGAAUUAGAAAGUUGAUUCGAUAAGUUAGGAAAAAGCAAUAUGAUGCCAUUAUGAACGAAUUUCUCGUUCUCUUGCUAUUAAUGUCGAAUGACAGCCCUUUCCUACAUGUAAUCAUCAGGCAAACAAGCAUUAUAUAUUCUAUUGUCCGCAUGCAGCUGUCUUGAUUA